AUGGACAACGACAAGGAUGUGGGUUCAAUUCACAGGCCACCUAUGCCUGAUGGGACAAAUUAUGACUACUGGAAGGCUCGCAUGGUUACAUUUCUCAGAUCUAUUGAUGAUGGAAAGGUGCACAAGUCAGUGCUCAAAGGGUGGACUCAUCCAGUACAAACCAAAGAAGGAACUUCUACUAUUGAACUCAAAUCUGAAGUGAACUGGAGCAAGACAGAAGAUGAAGAAGCUGCUGCAAACUCUAAGGCUCUUAAUGCUAUUUUCAAUGGUGUGGAUAAAAACAUGUUCAGGCUGAUUCAUACUUGCACUCUUGCUAAGGAUGCUUUGGAGAUUCUCAAGGUUGCUCAUGAAGGUACAACGAGAGUUCGCCUGUCAAGACUUCAACUGCUAACUACUCAGUUUGAAAAUCUCAAGAUGAAGGAGGAAGAAACAAUCUCUGGGUUUCACAUGCGUGAACGUGAUAUUGCUAAUGCUUCUUUUGCUCUGGGAGAACCUAUGUUAGAUGAGAAGCUUGUCAGAAAAAUUCUCAGGUCAUUGCCCAACAAAUUUGACGUGAAAGUCACUGCCAUAGAUGAGCCACAGGAUAUCAGUAUCAUCAAAGUGGAUGAACUUAUUGGAUCACUACAAACUUUUGAAAUGUCUCUAAAUGAUGGGCCAGAGAAAAAGAACAAGAGCAUUGCUUUUGUGUCUAAUAUGAAUGAAGAUCAAAGUGACAAAGAUCCAGAUGAAAGUUUGUCAGAAGCCAUAGCCUUGCUUGGUAGGAAGUUCAACAAGGUCAUGAGAAAGUUUGACAGGAGGGCCAGACCAAAUGUCUCAGACAAAGGGGCUGACAUCAACAAGAACUCAGGGAAUGCAUUGAAAAACAAGGAAGAAGACAAGUCUAACAAAGCAAAAGGAGUGCAAUGUCAUGAGUGUGAAGGGUAUGGUCACAUUAGAUCUGAAUGUGCUACUUUUCUAAAGAAGCAAGGAAGAGGAAUGGUGGCUACCUGGUCUGAUGAUGACUCAGAAGAUGAAAGUGAAAAUCCUGUAAUGGGAUUAAUGGUGAAGUGUAACUCAGAGGUGGAUUCCAGUGAUAAGGAUGUCUCAGGAGGAGAACUAGCUGAAAACUAUGAGAACUUACUGAGAGAGUGGCAUGUAACCUGUGACUAUUGUAAGAAGCUGAAUAGUACUGUGAAGAAACUACGAAAAGAAAAGCAAGAUCUUCUCAGUAUCAAUGGUAUUCUUCAGGAGGAAGUGUCUGUUCUGAAAUCCAAAAUUGAAGGUAUGAUCAAAUCUGUACGUAUGUUAAAUAAUGGUACUGAUAUGUUUAAUUUGAUGCUAGAAUCAGGAAAGACAACCAAAGACCUGAAAGGGUUGGGAUAUGAGAUUGAUUCCACAAAUAAUGAUUUCAAAAAGACAACUCAUCAGUUUGUACCUGCUGAGAGGAAAUCUGAAUUUCACAUGUCAAACCAAUUGUCUCAACAUGUGGUCAAACACGUGUAUCCACAGACAUCUCAUGUUCAGAAGAAAGGGAAUUCAGGAUGGAAAUGUAAUCACUGUGGAAAACAUGGUCACAUCAGAUCACAUUGUUAUAGGUUACAUGGAUAUCCAAAGGCUAAGGCAUCUAAGUCUGGGAAUUACAAAUCAAAGAAGAAAGAAUGGAGGCCUAAAAGCAAUUUGACUGCAUUUGUUAGCUCUACCUCUGGGGAAGUCUCAUUGAAAGAAGACUGGAACUUCGACAGUGGUUGUUCCAGACAUAUGACAGGUAUAGAAGAGUAUUUUGCUAAUUUAAAACCACAUGAUGAAGGAGAUGUAACUUUUGGUGGUGGUGUCAAAGGAAAAAUCAUAGGAUCUGGAAAACUUGACAGUAAAAUUUCACCUGAACUUAGUGAAGUAUUGCUUGUAGAAGGGUUGACAGCAAACUUAAUCAGUAUAAGCCAAAUUUGUGAUUUGAAUUUGAAUGUGACUUUCAGCAAGUAUGGAUGUCAAGUAACAAAUGCAACAUAUGAAAUUGUGAUGAAAGGUGAGAGAACAAAGGAUGAUUGCUACAAAUGGUGUUCUCAUUACAAAUACAUGCCUCCAGGAUAUCUGACUAGCAAGGCUGAAGAUGCAAAAUUCAGGAAGCUCAUGAAAAAGAACAUUUCCAGAGAAGCAAACAGGCAAAAGAGAAGGAUGGACUCAGAGGAAGAGGAGGAUACAAGGGUUGUACAAAGGAGUGAAAACAAGUUGAUUUCAGUUGAUGAAGAUCCAUUUGCUACAAGCAUUAUGACAACCUGUGAAUCAGAUGAGGAAAGUGACAAUAGAUGGACUCAGAUGGAAGCUCCUUUCAUCAGAAUGCUGAAAUUUCUUGAAAAGAAAAAAUCUAAAGAAAAUUGUGCAAAUAGAUGUCUCAUGUCAAGAAGCUCCAAGAAAACUCUUUCAGAUGGUGACUGGGCAGAAUUCUCACAGGAAACACUGAGUCUUGUCAAGGUAAAUGGGAUCAAUGAUCCUUCAAAGCAAGUUCACAAGUUGCAAAGGGGUUCUGAUGAAUUGAUUCAAGAUCCAAGAACCGUAUGUGGAAGAAUUAACAAGGUACUGAUUAAGGGGUACAAUAGAACUGACAUAAUCUCACUUGUCUUGACAGUUACAGUGAGGUUGGCUUUUUCCCAAUAA